AUGCGUCCGUAUUCUUAUGUCAACAGAGGAUACUAUUAUAUACUUACUGUCAUCGACGUGCUGAGCAAGUACGCAUGGGCCGUGCCACUCAAGAGCAAAGGUGGAAGCGAGGUAGCUGCUACGAUCGCCGGGAUAAUUCGAGAGAGCAAAAGAUGUCCGAAAAACUUGCAAACCGACCAGGGAAAGGAAUUUUAUAAUACUAACGUACAACGACUCAUGCGGAAACAUAACAUCAAUCACUACUCCACGUAUUCGGUGUUGAAAGCUUCGAUCGUCGAGCGAUUCAACCGAACGUUGAAGAAUAACAUGUGGAAAUGUUCGCUCAACGGAAAUUACAAGUGGGUCGACGCGCUACCGCGGCUCGUUGCGGAGUACAUCACCCGAAAACAUCGAACGAUCGGCAUGCGACCCGCCGACGUUACCCCCGCGGACGCUGAGAGACUCUUGAGUACGGUGUACAGCGCGAUAAAGAUAGCGGGUCCAGCCAGGUUCAAAGUAGGCGACUCGGUACGCGUCAGUAAGUACAAGACGGUCUUUGAAAAGGGCUACACACCAAAUUGGACCACCGAGGUGUUUAAGAUCAUCAAAGUGCAACAUACCAAUCCCGUGACCUAUGAUAACAGUGCUGUCCAUACUUCUAGGAUAAUGCAGGAGUGGUUCGCACAACAUCCGCAGAUUGAAGUUCUCGAGUGGCCACCGAAAUUCCCGGAUCUUAAUUUAAUAGAAAAUGUAUGGGCAGAAAUUGUAAAUUCGUGGAAUCCUGCUCAUGAGAGAACUAAAGCAGCUCUGAUUGAACACGCGAAGGACGCAUGGGAGAAUCUUCGACUUAAACCGCAAUUUUUCCAAAAUCUUCACGAUUCCAUUAAUACCCACCCAUCAAUAGUCCGCCAUUUGCGAAACGAUUCAUUGCCGGUCAGUGUACUCGAGGAUUAUCGUGGAAAAUCUAUCUCUGGAGCGUUCUAUGAGCACGAGUUGCAUCGUGCGAGGUAUCCGGACGUGUAUCUCGUGGAGAAAGUACUGCGCAGGAGAGGUGACAAGGUCUAUGUGAAGUGGCUGGGAUUCGAUGGAUCGCACAAUUCAUGGAUACACAAGGACAAUGCUGUUUAA